AUGGAAACCCAGGAAACGGCAGCGUUGCCUACGGAAGAUUCAUCAGGUACACCACCUGCAGACAGUAUCUUCUAUAAACCGCAUCUCUUCAUUGUUUGUAUGCGUAAUCAAAAUGGUGAUACUUUUAAUGAUAUUACUAUAGAUUUACGUGGUGGUGGUGGUGGUGCAAGGACAAACAAUUACCAUGGGAAUGGAUAUGAUGUUGAGUCAACAUCUGCAGGUUCUGUACCUAGUCGACAAUCAAGAUACAGCGCCUAUCCUCAAGUACGUCCAACAAAUCCUUUGUAUGCUAGUCAAUCUACGUUAAAAACACAAGGAUCAAAUGGUAGAGGCUCAUCUAAAAGUUCAGCUACAUUAGUAACAAGGCGACAAAAAUUCGAUCCUCAAGCACCUCGAAGACCUAGCGAUUGGAGAUGGUUAGCUAUUUUAUGUGUCAUAUUAUUUUUUCCAACAGGACUGUUUGCAUUUGCAUUUGCUCGAAAAGCUCAAAAUAAAUUUCACGAUGGUUUUGUUCCAGAAUCUCAUAAAUUAAAUAAACGAGCACUAAUACUUUGUAUUGUAUCUAUAUUAUGUGGAGUUGCUCUGAUUAUCGGUUUAUUAUUUGCAUUCGAUGCCUGGCCUCGAACCAAUGGCUAA